AUGAAGCAAUUAACGUGCAUCGCGGUCAGUACAAUACUAUACAUGAAAAAUGCUUUCUCUGAAGAAAACUACCAUACAGAAACAUUUGCGAACAUAAAGUUGCGACUUUUAAAGAAAACCUGCAGCGAUGAAACAGCACAGUUUGUUAGUUCGUCUAUGCUAGCAGCUUUAAGUGCCGUUGAAAAGAAAUAUUUAGACUCAAUAGCUCUAUGCUUUUACGAGGGCGAAGAUACGGCGAACAAUUUAUCGGAAUAUCACAUAUUUAAAUAUCACUAUAAAUCUGGCGAGGCGACAAUGACUAUCAGUUCAAAGAGCAAAGAUACAGAGAGACGCACGUCAUGUUCAUUACAGGAUGUCAAGAAGAAAACCUUACAAAUGAUUCGGGCGUGUAUGGUUUUUAUGAGUUGUUCAAACUUAUUUACUGAAAAUACUAACAUCGGCAUUCGAAUUUAUUUUACUUCAGACGCACCCGAUGGCUACGAAGUGCCCGGUUUCACAUUCGUGGACGAAGAGAUAGAUCCUUUAAUGUUAACUAUGAGUGAAUCCAUCAAAUUGGGUUGUGUCGAGACGCCAUAUCAUUCGCUAACAGCCCGCGGGAAUAGAAGCUGUACUUUCAAGGACAGCAAUGAGGCGUAUGCAUCUCAAAAUGUGCCGGUCCUCACAAAUGACACGGAUUUUUCUGAUACAAUUGAGUCAAAAUGGAAUUGUCCGUGCAAUAAAUACAACGAUAAACGCGAUACAGCACUGCUUACUUGCCAAUACUGUAAGAAUGUUCAACACGCGGUCUGUUAUGGUAUUCCCGAAGAGAAUGCCGCAGACGUCACAGGCCACUGUUGCAUACAGUGCUAUGAUAAUGAUAAUACUAGAACUGCUACCGACUCUAGCCUAACCACGAUGGCCAUUAAGAAGAGAUCCUCGAUAUGCCUGUUCCGUCGUGCGCUUGCGGUGGCUCUGCAAAUGUCAACUGUAGGGUCCGAGGACUUUGUUCGUAAUCUCGAGUUAUCCGAGCAAAGUGCUAUUAAUCUCCUGCGAACAUUUUUCUCAUACGAAAUUAUUAAGAAGGAGCCCCAACCCAUGCUCCAGCACAAGAUAAUGAAGGAUAACUUAAAUCGCGUGUAUUCCGAUUACUUUCAAAGAAGCAAAUUCGAUUCUAUUAUUUCACAAUCUAAGGCAGUACCGAACGAUCCGUUAUCGCAAGUUUUAAGUCCUUCAGAAAAAAUUAACUUACAAAGCGCCUCUAACAUUUGUGAAUUGGUUGAAAUGCCAUCUGGAAGUAACAAGAAUGAAUCCAUGGCGGAGUAUGAAGGGGCAAUUUCUAAUAUAGAUAUACAUAUUAUGCCGCCAAUUAAAAAGGUCGCUAAACGGAAAAUACCUUCCCGCGCAAGCCAGGAGAAGGCAAAGAGAGGACGGAAGUAA